UCCACUGCCUCUUAAAAGUGAGCUCAUCUGGCACUGGGUUGCAUUGAAGUCCUCCACCGUGCCUGAAGGAAGAAUGCUUUUGGGUGGUGGGAACGUGGAGAAGAUGUGGUCUGUCCAGCUGUCCCUUGGAGUGCUAACCGUCUUGACCAUGACUGUGUAUGUCCCAUCUACACAUGGAGAGCCAUUUUUACUACAAGAGAACCGAGUGCUUCCAGAGAGAGAAGACACAAAUCACGAGGACACCCUGCUGUCUCUGCUUCUUAAUAAGAAGCUUGCGUGGCGGAGACCGGAAAGUAUCGACUGGGAGCUGGCAAAGAAAUUUGAAGAGCUUGAACAGCUGGAGAAGUUGAAGGACCAGCUCUCAACUGAGGAAGGGUCAGAGGUGGCCUACGCCUUGGAAAGUCUCUCAGCAUCCCAGCCCAAAAAACGCGCCUGCUUUUGGAAAUACUGCAUCUGAAGGCUUGCCAGGACUGGAGGAUGAAGAUGAGCCCUUCCCCAAACUGCCUUUCUGGGUAUAAGUGUGUUAAGUUUGUUCUGUUCUCUCAUCGUGCUGCUGAUGUGGAUGACAUCCUCCCUGACCGCACCACAGCCAAGUUCAACAGGGACCGUGACAGGAGCUGGUAGCCCACUCCCACUCUCCACUGUUCCUUCCUUCCAGGUUUAACCUGCCAUAAUCUUCAAUUUGGAAGAUGCUUCCAAACUUUCGUUGCUGUCCUGUGUGUGCCAUGCGGUCCACUGCCACUGUACACUCUUCCCCGUCUCACCAAGCCCCCCAAGGCACCAAAUACUAACUCAGUUUCCCUGAGCUUGGGCCUCUGCCCACCCCCACAGGUGUUGCUCACGGUGGUGUCUGGGUUUCCCGGCAUCUCCUCCGAGCGGGU